GCUCCGCUCUAAGGUCACUCGUUCAAGGCAAAAGAAGGUUUUUGGCUGUUUUGUGCAUUAAAACUUCUUUUCCUCGUUUGCAAAAUGCUGUGAGAGUUGUGUGCACCACAGUUGGGGAGACUCUGACGGCCUUUUUCCUCCGACUCGCCACUUCUCUCUUUGAACCGACCGUGGUUAUAUCUGGACUCAGCGGAGAUGUGGAUGCUGAAGAGUUUGAACACUUGAACUUGCUGAAGUAUAAAUGUGUCUCUGCUCAGUUUGUGUGUGUUUGUGUCCUAAUGAUGUGCACUCCUAUAGGAGCAAUCAGGGAUGAAAUGGCUCUUUCACUGCCCUAAACCAUUGCAGUCAAAUCUAACUCCCACUUGAUGAGAGUGGUUGUAAUGGGAAGCUCGCUAAUCCAGCAGAUGCUUCCAAAACCAGUAUCAUCUAUGUUGUGUUGUUACACACAAAUCUUCAAAGUGCCCGAAAUCAAUUCAAAGCAACUCCUCUUGUUUUUUUAAUUAUUAUGCUGUUUUUAAGUUUCUGGUUUGACAUGAAAUAAUAAUCGUUAUUCAUGUGGAGCAGCUCAUGACCAAUUACUUUAAUUUUAACAUUAUGUGCUUUACUGUGUAUCUCCAACAGCUAAUUUAUACAUGAAGAGCUUUUAGUUUUGGCAGGUCAGAUGAUCAAUCAGUUUAUGUGAUGAAAUGAUGUCUGUGAAGAACUUGUCAUCCACUCACCCAGCACUCUGAUAGGACGCCUAGCUCCAGGUCGAGCCUCCGUCCUUUGUGCGAUUGUUGACAUGAAGCAUUUACGCACAUUUGUUUGUUGUACGUUCAUGCUGGGAAUCUAAAGUAUUCUCCCACACCCUGAAUUUGUUGAUUCAGAUGAGGUGACUGGAGCCUUGCACUGACAUAAACUUUUCAUUAAACCAGUUUGCGCCGCUAAAGAAACCUGUUCCAUUAGAGAGAGGGAGAGAGAGAGAGAGAGAGAGUUGACGACUGGAAAAUGUUUUUGUUUUCCAGUCUUUAACGCUCUGUGUUGCUGAGCCACUGCUCCCUCAGAUUUAUGUUCUGAACCCAACAUGGUCUUCUGAUGCCUCUGCACAUCCACCUCAAGCCCUUUCCUCUCAACAUGCCUGCAGCGAUGCACCUCACCGUACUGCUGCUGCUGUUUGCCGUGACCGUCUGUGGAGACUCAACCACUUCCGCUACAAGCAAGUCGGUACCACAGUCAACCACAGGUCCUGCAGCCCUCACAAGUUCACAGCAGGUCACCACAAACAUGUCGCCUUCCUCACCACCCUCAACUUCGACACAAACACCCAGUGGGGCUGAGGUAAGCACCACCAGCCGUCAGACUGGGAUGCCAACAACCAACCAGACGUCCACUGGGAUACCACCAACCAACCAGACGUCCACUUGGACACCAGCAGCCAACCAGACGUCCACUAGGAUUCCAACAACCAACCAGACGUCCACUAGGAUUCCAACAACCAACCAGACGUCCACGGGGAUACCAGUAACAAACCAAACAGUUACCAAUGGAUCUACAAUCCCACCAACAUCAGGAUCACCAUACGUCACUGCAAACACCACUGUUAACACAACCAGCUCAGCUCUUUCACCCGUGAAGGGAGAUGGCUUUGCAUCGAACCCCGGCCUCGUCGCCAUCAUCUGCAUCUUCUGUAUCGUCCUCGUCCUCGUGCUGGUGGUUGCCGCCGUGAAAUGCUCCCCAUCAUCAAGAAACAAUUUUGAGAGGCUUGAAGAUGUCCCCAUGGGCAAAGUCAACGAAGGGUCUCCGUUCGCCCACUACUCAAAAUGACAGAAGAGACUUCGGACACGAUGUCCAGGAGGAGAGUGGUCCGCUGUGGGAGUCUGAUUCUACUGAACACAAAGAAAUAUCCACUCCAUCAGUGACUUUAACUUUAGGCACAAAAGAAAAAGACAACUUGUGUGGUUUUCUCUCCCAGGCCCUUUUAUUUCUUUACAAAGCACUUUUGUCUGUGCUUCUGCCAAAGAGUUCUGACCUCUGACCUGUUUGCUUUGCUGCUCAUAUUUCUCCUGAUUUAAGUUUCUGAAGCUUUAUCAGCCUUCUUCAGCCUUAAAGGUAAAAGCUUUUGAUAUAUGUCCCUCUAAGCACUUCCAAUUCAUUAUUGCACUCUUGCAUGUAACAAAGGAUGUUAAGCUGAAAGUAUAUGUAGGUUUCACAAUGAUUUUGGAAACCAAAAGCUUGGUAUGCUCACUCUGCAAAUUCAAAUAACUUUGUUUGUUUAACUGUGACUCAUCUAUUAAAUGUGUAAUUCUGGCCAGUUUUAUUAUUUCUACCUUUAUGUAAUAAAGCUUUACAGAUUCUAGAUAAAACCACUGGUAACAUAGAAGAUCUUCUACAGAAUCAUAUUCAGAGGGCAAAGCCGCUCUUGUUCAUUAAAAUUAAUUUACUUAACCAAUGUCAAACAUAGAGUUUGUUCUGUUGACAAACCGACUUCCACUAGCCAAGAAUAAAAUGUUCUAAUAACUAUGUUCAUGCUCAGUGACUGCACUAAAUACGCUCUUUUUUUCCUUUUGCCCCGGCUUCCUCUGUGUGCAUUUAACGAUCAGAUGUAAUGUACAUAACCAUGAUGUUUUCAAUGAAAUUAAAUGAAUAUUUCCAGAACACAAA